AUUUUAUGAUUCAUUAUGUGUGCUGUGUUGUAAUGUGGCCUCUCGAAACUGACAUACUAGCAUUUAUUGUUUUUUAUUGCUUCACUAACUUGGCUUUUGAAAGAGACAUCAAGUACCACAUGUUUAGAAAGGGUUUAAAAGUUUGACGCAUUAAGUAAUUGUUACUCAGCUGGCAGUAGAUACAGAACCGCAGACAGGUGCUUCUGUGGACUUGACCGUUUGCACAGCACAGCCAGUGAUGGAUAACUCCUCCGUCUGUUCCCCUAAUGCAACUGUCUGUGAAGGUGAUUCCUGCCUAGUACCUGAGAGUGAUUUCAAUGCCAUUCUCAGCGUGGUGAUGAGCACUGUGCUCACCAUCCUCCUGGCCUUGGUAAUGUUUUCCAUGGGGUGCAAUGUGGAACUCCACAAGUUCCUGGGACACUUGAAACGGCCAUGGGGCAUCGUCGUGGGCUUCCUCUGUCAAUUUGGAAUCAUGCCUCUCACAGGUUUCAUCCUGUCUGUGGCCUUUGGCAUCCUCCCGGUACAAGCUGUAGUGGUGCUAAUCCAGGGUUGCUGCCCUGGAGGAACAGCCUCCAAUAUCCUGGCCUAUUGGGUAGAUGGUGACAUGGACCUCAGUGUUAGCAUGACAACUUGCUCCACACUGCUUGCCCUUGGAAUGAUGCCCCUUUGCCUCUUCAUCUAUACCAAGAUGUGGGUUGACUCAGGGACGAUUGUGAUUCCUUAUGAUAGCAUUGGCACUUCUCUGGUUGCUCUUGUUAUUCCUGUUUCCAUUGGAAUGUUUGUGAAUCACAAAUGGCCCCAAAAAGCAAAGAUCAUACUUAAAAUUGGAUCCAUUGCAGGUGCAAUUCUCAUUGUUCUCAUUGCUGUGGUUGGAGGAAUACUGUACCAAAGUGCCUGGAUCAUUGAACCCAAACUGUGGAUUAUAGGAACCAUAUAUCCUAUAGCUGGCUAUGGCCUGGGGUUUUUCCUGGCUAGAAUAGCUGGUCAACCCUGGUACAGGUGUCGAACAGUUGCCUUGGAAACCGGGUUGCAGAACACUCAGUUGUGUUCCACCAUUGUACAGCUUUCCUUCAGCCCUGAGGACCUCAACCUUGUGUUCACCUUCCCACUCAUCUACAGUAUUUUCCAGAUUGUCUUUGCAGCAAUAUUAUUAGGAAUUUAUGUCGCGUACAAGAAAUGUCAUGGGAAAAAUAAUACUGAGUUACAAGAGAAGACAGAAAAUGAAAUUGAGCCCAGGUCAUCAGUUCAGGAGAUAAACAAAGGAUUUCAACCAGAUGAAAAGUAAAAACUUAGGGGAAAGA